ACACAAAGGACGUUCAGAAGGCUCCGGUUUCGGCUCUCGCGGGUCAACAUAUGAUUUCCCAAUCGUGCUCUAUGAUUCCCGCUGAGUCACGCGAGCUGUCCUCGAUACCGACCGCAGUGUGAAGAUUCGAUCGCUGCUGAACGGGCUCUUUAUUACUGUCCCGCGACAUCGGAACACAUCCGAGGGAUUUUAAUAGUGGGAUUACCUUCCAGUUGAAAAUCUUCAGGCAAACCCACGAGAGGUUUGUGAACUGUGGAAGAGCUGGAUUGUUGUCCACUCGGAUUGAGAGUGGGUUUCUUCUGAAGUGGACUGCUGAGUAAACUAAUUUAUGAGAGAACAGAGGCUAAUGAAGCUGUAGUUUCUGCUGGAGAUUCCUGACCGUUGCAUCUUCUUUGUGGCACACACUGCAUCCCACCUCUUCUUUUCACAAACCAUCUUCAUCAUCCCACACCCCAAAGUCAUCAUGACGUCCUCUUCAUUACGGCGCCAGAUGAAGAACAUCGUGAACAACUACACGGAUGCAGAGAUCAAGGCCAGGGAGGCGACCUCCAAUGAUCCGUGGGGUCCCCCAACCUCGCUCUUGAUGGAAAUCUCAGACCUGACCUUCAACGUGGUGUCCUUGACCGAGAUCAUGGGCAUCAUCUGGAAGAGGCUCAACGACCACGGCAAGAACUGGCGGCAUGUCUACAAGGCCCUCACUCUGCUGGACUAUCUGAUCAAGUCAGGAUCAGAGCGAGUGGCCCAGCAGUGCAAGGAGAACAUCUACUCCAUCCAGACUCUGCGGGAUUUCCAGUACAUCGACCGGGACGGACAGGACCAGGGCAUGGGCAUACGGGAAAAGUCCAAGCAGCUGGUGCUUCUUCUAAGGGAAGACGAGCGCCUCAAGCAGGAGAGAUCGAAGGCGCUCAAGACUCGUGAACGUGUGACGGGAACCAGCAUUGCCAUGGGUUAUGGAUCUUUACCACCUCCCUAUCCAGGACGUCCCACCAGUCAGCCCAGUGUGGAAGUGCUGUAUGGGGAAGAGCAGAGCAGGGUGAUGCACGCACCAUCCUCCGUCAACCCCUCCUCUUCUCCCUCUCACCUGGCCCCAGAUCUGGAGAGCGCCCGGCCGCAGACGAGCGGAGAGGAGGAACUCCAGCUGCAGCUGGCCUUGGCCAUGAGCCAAGAGGAGAGUGUGAAGCCUGUUCCUGUUGUGGAUAUUGAUGAACAGACACAGCUUCAGAUCGCAAUGAGCCUCAGUGAGGAGGAGGCACACAAGCCGGCUCCUCCUCCUGCUGCUGUUCUGGAGAUGGAUGAAGAGGCACAGCUUCAGCUGGCCCUCACUCUCAGUAAAGAGGAACAUCAGCAGGAGGAGCAAAGUCGACAAGGAGACGAGUCGUUGCUCCAGAAAGCACUUGAGGAGAGCAAACGAGAAUUGGAGGCCAAAGGAGGAAGAUCUGCCAUGCUGGAUCUUGCAGAUAUUUUUGCUCCGGCUCCUGAUGUGCCCUCUGCGGCCAGUGCUUGGGCUUCAUCUGGAGGCUAUAGUGGCUUAGCCCAGGCUGGUCCUCUGAGGUCUGAGCCCUGGGAUAGUCCAGCAGAGCCCAGCUCUCUAAGCCGUCAACAUGGAAGCUCAUGGAUGGCGCCUCCUGCAUCAAGUGAUCGUUCCCAGCCCUGGACGCAGCGACAGCCACAUCCUGACCCAUGGGACGCCCCUGGCUCUGCGCCCAUGAACCAGGCCUGGAUCUCCCCUGCACGUGGAACUGGAGUGGAUCCCUUUUCAACCGUAGAAGCAGACAAACAAGGAUCUAUUGGCCCUCUCAAAACUCCAUCCCCUCGGGCAGGAAGUCCCUCAGAUGACGAUCUUUUCGACGAGGCUAUGGAUGGAGGUCAGGCAAAUUUAAAUGGCCAUAGUAGUCCUAUGCCUUUCGAUAUGUCUUCCCUUGGCGAAGGUCUACCGAAAACAGCUCCUCAAACCAGCAGAACUCCCGAGGCAUUUCUGGGUCCCACCGGAGCAUCACUCGUCAACCUGGAUGCUUUGAUACCCUCCAACCCUCCUUCCAAGAACUUCAACCCGUUUUUAUCAGGAAUAGAUGCUCCAUUGGCCUCUAAUCCAUUCCAACAUGAGCCGCCCCGUUUCACACUUAAUCAAAUGCACCCCAGCUCCACAUCUCCUGUACCCUCAUCCCUCCCAUUUAAUGCCUCUCUGCCCAUGGCUGCCAGCAUCCAGCCCAGCUCCCUGCCUUCUACCUUCACACAGUCCGCACACGUCCCGCCGCUGGUCCCCGGAGACCUGCCGCAGCCGCUGCUACCCCUGUCAACCACAUCCACGCUUGGAGAUCCAGACCAACACAAUCAAAACCCUUUCCUAUGAGCACAUCCAAACAAGAUUUUGAAAUGACAUUUUAACCACUGACUUGACUUAAAACUGGAACACAAUUUUUUUUUUAUGACUUUGCUCCUUUCACAGCUUCCUGAUUUCGCUCUAUGCAGUGACUCUUAAGAAGCGUUCACACAUACAGUACAACAGUUUCCAGUCACAAAUAAAACUUUCAUUUUCAACAGUGAUGACCAAUGUGGCGUAUCCACGGAUGGGACAACGUUGAGAAAAGUUCAAUAUUAUACAAAUGAACAUUUGUGCUUGAACACAUUACUAAGUAUCUCCAUACCAGCAGGUGGCAGUAGUCUGUGUUCAUCAUUCAAAAAUGGAAACUUGUAACUGUGCACAUUAAAAUUAAAAACUACAUAAAUAACUAUUUACUGACACUACACUCCAUUUGUAAUCACUUUUUAACUAAAUUUGGCCAAAGUUGUGCAGUGCACCAAUAAUAUUAGGGCAUUUACCAAUAAGAGCAUCCACAUUGACCACCAAUACAGCCACUGGACGACCUCCAGUCUUAAAAUCACUGUAUGUGUGAACGCCCUUGAGCUAUAAUCAAAUGUGUGAAUGUCAAGCAUGCAUUACAUGGCGAUACAAAUUGAUGCUGGAUUCAUAAGAAGUGACAAAUAAAUGGCACAGUUUAAAGGUUAAGAAUGUUUAAUCCAACUCCCACUGCGUCUGUGUCACCUUUAAGUAUUAUAAUAGUUUUUGGAAAGGAUAACGCACUUGUUACCAUGCACAAGUCCAAAGCCUCUCAUAACAUUUUUAUCAUAUUUUCUGAUUUCCUGCACCAAUUUCUAGCUCUGCUUUAGUGUCCCUUUCUUGGUCUGGAGUAUCUGAUGACUGCUAUCUGUGAACAGCCGAUAUUUGGGGUCAAUAAUUUAAGCAUCAAAAAUUUAAAUUAUAAAUAAUGAUAUUCUAAUAUUGGGCAUUGACUGUUGAAUGAAGACUUCCAGCAAGAGAAUGUACUUACAGAUUGA